GAAGGGGGUAGAGAACAAGGGAGGGGAGCGCGCAGUCGAGAGUUUGAGGCAGGCCUGCUGUGAUGCAGAUUGCAGAGAGGUUCGUCCGUUCAUGGCCGCUUAGCCGAGCGUUACAGCUAUAGUGCCCAUCCGCCAAGUGCGCUACUCUGUCAGAUGAAUUUACGCCAACUGGCCGUUGUCUGCUGUUGUGCUUCGAGCCGUAGUACUUCGUGUCCGAGCGCGUCAGGCCUAGGCUAAUAAUAAAAGCCUAUACGCUGACUCGCCCGCAGACUGUAUCCAUAUAUACUAGAUAAGAUCCAAGUAUAUACGAAUUCUCGCUCUCUGACAAAAGAAUAAGCAAUAGCUGCAGCCUGGAUCGGAUCGCCUCCUCCUUCACGCGGCUAUUGUGCUGUGCAUUGGCAGUAUGAAGACUAGGUAUAUGAAGCGGCAGUAGCAUAACAUCUACUGCGCCACGAGUGGCUCUAUACACACUUGGUGUCGCCUUCGUUUUCCGCAUUUAUAGCUGACCUCGGAUCUCGCGACGAUUGUCUCGGCGCAAGACAGUGCUGGUUAGGGACUGUCCGAACGGCAGCUCCUCGUUUACGGGAACAGCAGCUGUUGCGCGAAUGCUGCGACUUUAACCCGCAGACCCCAAGAUGACGAUUCUCUCGAAAAAGAAACAGAGCACGAACAAGGACAGGCGUGGCGAGAGCUCGUCAAACUCCGAGGUCGACGUUCACGGAGUCCAGAACGAUCAUGGCGCAGCUGGAUCCAUUGCCUUGCCUAAUGCUCCCUAUCAGGUACGCUCCAACAAUGCCUUUGCAGUUGAGUUUGGUUCUUCCGUUCAGGCUGAGCACAAUUCUGGCUCGAUAGUCUUAACUGCCAAUGGCUCCUAUGAGGGCAAUGUUGAUCGUCGAGAGGAGAAACAUUUUGACGAAAGUGGAAGUUCUAGCCAUGGCAAAAGACAUCGCAGACGAGCAAGUCCUCAUAGAAAUUCACGAAAUAAACGAGAACGAGAAAGGGAAAGAGGACGUGGUGCAGUCGCUAGUAAUGUUGGUAAUGUCACAGACCGUGAAAGAGAAAGGGAUCAUGAGAGACAAUCUACACCACCCAUUGCUUCCAGCAGUAACAGUGGACUACAAGGUGGGGACAGCGCAGUCAUGUCAAACAGCCGGAUGGCUAUUGCUGCCGCAGCUGCAAAUCUUGAGCAUGAGUUAGCUAAUGGAUAUAAUAGUGGUGAUGAAUACACUGGAAGAACAGGAAACAAUCUGACACUUGCAGAAUGGCAAGAGCGUGACAGAUGGUUCGAAAAAAGAUUAAGAAAAUUGGGCUUCAUUGUGAAAAAAAUGGGAGAAGAUGGUGCAUGCCUUUUUAGGGCUGUGGCUGAUCAAGUAUAUGGCGAUCAAGAAAUGCAUGGAGUAGUUCGGAAACAUUGUAUGGAUUAUAUUGCUGCCAACCAGGAAUUUUUUUCACACUUUGUUGCUGAGGAUUUUAGCACAUAUGUUGAUAGAAAAAGACAGGAAUAUGUUCAUGGGAAUCACAUAGAAAUGCAAGCAAUGUCAGAAAUGUAUAAUCGAAGCGUUGAACUGUUUUGUUACAGUACUGAGCCAAUAAAUAUCUUUCAUGGCAUAAACAAAAGCGAUAAUGAGCCUAUAAGAUUGUCUUAUCAAAGAGGUAGUCAUUACAACAGUAUUGUCAACCCAUACAAAGCAACCAUUGGCGUGGGGCUUGGAUUACCAUCUUUUAAUCCUGGAUCAGCUGAUCGAGAAUUAAUUUCCGAUGCUGUCAGACAAAGUGAAGAGUUGCACAUAGAACAGACAAUGCUUGAGGACAAAAUUAAAGCUACAGAUUGGGAAGCUACCAACGAAGCAAUCGAAGAACAAGUAGCUAGAGAAAGUUACUUGCAGUGGCUACGAGAUAAUGAAAUGAGGAAAGCUAGAUCUGCAAGCAGUAGCAGUACAAGUACAGUAACUAGUUCUCAAAAUAAUCAUUUUCAUUCUCACAGUAGUAGAGCAGCACAGCAAAGAAGUCAUUGUGCUUCUCCUACAUCAAGUCAACCCAAUCAAGAAUCUUUACGAAAUUCACCCAAGACUAAUGACAGUAUGCGAUAUAAUAAGAGAUCACCACAGCAUCAAUCAAGUUCUGGAAUCCCACUUCUUCCAUCUGAAUAUAAAGCUAAACCACCUGUUCCUCAAGAACCAGUUCCAGGUAGUAGCAAAGAAAUGCAUACAGCACCGGACGUUUCACUAUUUAAUCGUCUUCCUCCAGAAGUGUUUGGUUUAACUGAUUGGGAAGACAGUGAUAUUCUAUCAAAGGUACUCGCAACUUCACAACAAGAAUAUUUAGAUAGUUUAAAGCAAUCGCACACUACUUCUGUGAGCGAUUCCAACGACACAAAAGAUUCGGCGAAUAGUUGAGCGAUGUAUACUUUACGGUGUUAUAUAAAUAUAUACAUAUAUAUUUAUAUAUAUGAAAAUUUUACAUCUUCUCGUUUCAAGAGAAGUCAUUUUAAAGGAUUCGGAACAAGGAUGUAUACAUUUUUACGUCACAGAGUGAAAAGAGAUCACUCCAAGAUUGUGCAGUAUUCCUUCUUCAUCUUUCAAUAACCAUCAAAUUUUGUAAUAGUUUCUUUUACAAAAGCGAGGUGUAUGAUAAUCUGCGCCGUAAAACCACUAAUAAUUUUUUUGUUGAUUUCUCGCGGAUACUAUCUUUUCUUUUUCUUACUAAAUUAAACUUUUUUUUUAAACAUCAUCUUUUGAGAGGUUUUAUGAAGCGUGUAGCUGCAUUCUGAUUUGUAUAAUAAAAUACUAAAUAAAGUAAAGACAUUCAAAAGUACGAAAUCCGUUCGUACUUGGAGUAUGUCUAAAUAUUGAAUAA